CUUCUCUCUCACACUUGUCUUUCUCACUCUCUCUCUCUCUUUACACAACACAACACAACACAACAAUACCACUCUUCUCUCUCAUUCCUUCACCAUCAUUCUCAAUAACCAUGGCAGACAGACCCACCUUCCAAACACCGCUAUCACCGCACCAUGUGUUCCUCCGAAGGCUCCAAGAUCACACUCCCAACUCCACCCAGCUCGCCGGCCUCUUAACCCUUCUCAUCACCGGUUCAAUCUUGCUCCUCCUCACCGGCCUAACCGUCACCGGAACCGUAAUCGCCAUGAUUUUCUUCUCCCCCUUGAUAAUCAUCUCCAGCCCUGUUUGGGUCCCAAUCGGAACCCUAUUUCUUCUCAUAACCGCCGCCUUCUUAUCCAUGUGCGGAUUCGGGAUCGUUCUCGUCGCCGCCGUGUCUUGGAUGUACCGUUACUUCCGGGGAAUGCACCCGCCCGGUUCCGACCGGGUCGAUUACGCCCGGAUCCGGAUCUACGAUACGGCCACCCACGUCAAGGACUACGCUAGAGAAUACGGUGGCUACUUGCAGAGUAAGGUCAAAGAUGCUGCACCCGGUGCUUAGCUUCGCUCUGAUCCGUUCAUUCAGGACGCGAACCAAACCGGUGUUUGUUUGGAC